CUCCGCCUCUCCACCGCACCACAGCCCCAGCACCCUCCCCGUCCCGGCCGGAAUGGGUCGCCCCGACGGAGAGGACAACGCCGACCUCUCCUCCGACGACUCGCCGUGGAGCGACACCGCCUGGUCCGAAGACGACGACGACGAGGUCCGCCACUCCUCCCACUCCCCCAUCGAUUUCGACGUAUCAUCACGCCUAUUAUUCUUUAGCUCUUCUUCUUCUUCGACGGAUGGUUUUGUGAUGGUUUUGCGUGGCUUGUUCGAGCUGCCGCAGGGCUCGCUGUCUUUCGAGGACAGCGGCGAGGGCUCCGGCCUCGACUCCGACGACGGCCUGGAGGAGGACGCGGAGGCGGGAGCGGAGAGCGACUCCUCCGAGGACGAGGCUGGGCCGCGGAACACUGUGGGGGACGUGCCGCUAGGGUGGUACAAGGACGAGGACCACAUCGGCUACGACAUCGACGGGAAGAAGAUCAAGAAGCGCGACAGGGAGGGACGCAUCGAUACGUUGCUCAGGAAUGCUGACAGCGAUACCAACUGGAGAAAGGUCAUUGAUGCCUAUAAUGAUGAGGAGGUGCAGAUUACCAAGGAAGAAGCUAAGAUAAUUAGUAGGUUGUUGAAGGGAAAGACUCCACAUGCCAGUGUUGAUCCAUAUCCAGAUUAUGUUGACUGGUUUGAAUAUGAUGGUAAAGGUCAUCCACUUUCUAACGCUCCUGAGCCAAAGAGGCGAUUUGUGCCCUCGAAGUGGGAGCAAAAGAAGGUUGUUAAACUUGUUAGAGCCAUUCGUAAAGGCUGGAUCAAGUUUGAUAAGCCAAAGGAUGAGCCAGAUUAUUAUCUCUUGUGGGGAGAUGACACUGAUACAGCAGACAAUAAGAGGCAAGGCUUGAGCUACAUCCCGGCACCUAAACCAAAUUUGCCAGGUCAUGAAGAGUCAUAUAAUCCUUCUGUUGAAUAUGUUCCCACGCAAGAGGAAAUAGAUUCGUACCAACUUAUGUACGAGGAGGACAGACCAAAGUUCAUCCCACGACGAUUUGAAUCUCUCAGAAGUGUACCUGCCUAUGAGAAAGCACUUAGGGAAGGAUUUGAUCGGUGCCUAGAUCUUUAUCUAUGCCCUAGAACUCGCAAAAAGCGUAUUAACAUUGAUCCUGAGUCACUCAAGCCGAAGUUGCCUAGCAAAAAAGAUCUCAGGCCAUAUCCAAGAACGUGUUACCUUGAGUUCAAGGGCCAUAGUGGUCCAGUGAGGUCACUGUCAGUUGAAGCAACAGGGCAAUGGAUAGCCUCAGGUUCAUCUGAUGGAACAAUUCGUGUUUGGGAGGUUGAAACUGGUCGCUGUCUUAAGGUUUUCAAUGUUGGCGCUGAUGUCCAUCGUAUUUCUUGGAAUCCUUCACCUGAUAAGCCCGUUCUGGCUGCUAUUGUUGGCCAUGAUCUUCUGCUUCUUAACGCUGAGGUGGGGGAUGAAGAAACUCAAAUGAGGACAAAGCAGCUCCUCCAUAUAGAUGAAUCAGCUCCGGAAGAAGAUGCUGAUGAUAAGAAACCAGCUGUGAGGUGGGUGAGGCAUGACAAAUUUGAUGGAAUCACAUUGAUUCAUCAUAAGGCUGCAUCAACUGUGGAGUGGCAUUCAAAGGGAGACUAUUUCACCACAGUUGUGCCAACUGGUGAAUCAAGGGCAGUGCUGUUGCAUCAGCUCUCAAAGAAGCAUUCUCACCAUCCUUUCCGGAAACUGCCGGGCCUCCCUGUUGCAGCAGUGUUCCAUCCAACUCAAAAGAUGUUCUUUGUUGCCACUAAGAAAUUUGUUCAGAUUUAUGAUCUCCAAAAGGCAGAGGUAGUCAAGAAACUGGAGUCAGGUCUCCGUGAAAUUUCCUCUAUCUCCAUCCAUCCUGGUGGUGAUAACGUUAUCGUGGGAAGCAAAGAUGGUAAAUUGUGCUGGUUUGAUACCGAUCUAUCUACGAAACCAUACAAGAAGUUAAAGAACCACUCGAAGGAUAUAACCAAUGUUACUUUCCACCGGAGAUACCCUCUUUUUGCUUCAUCGUCUGAGGAUUGUACAGCAUACGUGUUCCAUGGAAUGGUCUAUGCUGAUCUCAACCAGAACCCACUUAUCGUGCCAUUGGAGAUUCUCCGUGGCCACUUGAGCUCAGAUAGAAGAGGUGUUUUGGAUUGCAAAUUCCACCCAAGGCAGCCGUGGUUGUUCACUGCUGGUGCUGACUCGGUGAUCAGGCUUUACUGCGAGUAGUGACGAUGCUUUGAAGGAAGAUAGCACAUCAGUUUUAUCAGGCAUUUUUGGCAGGACUCCGUACGAUGUGAAUGCUGUGGUGUUGAACAGUCAUUAUGUCUUGUGUCUUGGAGGUGUGCUUGAGAUCGCAGUUUUGUUAC